AAGGUAUGUAAACAUCUCCGGGACCAACGCUACUUCGUUAGCUGUCAAACUUGAAAAAACACAAGUGUCAUUUCGAGGACAUAGAACCAAUUUGAAGUAUACGUUCCUGUAGUAGAAACGUUGGGUGGGGUUUGACAUGUGUUGUGUGUGAGUCGCUAGCCUAGAAAAGUCUGAGGCUUUUUGAUAGACUGUUGUCGUUCGACCGUGGUGAAGUAGCCUGUAGCCUGCUAUCUCUGUGUUACUGUAUAUUUCAUCUAAUUGCCAACCGAUGUCUCGCUUGCUACAGUUUGCUGCUAGCGAUAUAAGUUGGCUGACUUGCAGUGCUGACUGAGCCUACAUAAAGCCUGCAGAGAGGCGAGCCGGGGACCGUGCAGUGAAGGGCACUGGGGUUGUUGACACAUAGCUGAAUACGGGCGUUGGGUGAAUAGAUGUAUUUUCGCCUCAUCAUCACUGUCAUUGCAUCUGUUGAAUGUGUCUGGGAUGACCAUCCUUUUUUGACAGCUGAUCAAACUAACACAUAGAUGUUUGCGUCACAGAGUCUUCCUUUCAAUAACUGUCAUUUAUUGACAGACAUGUCAUUAAAAUACAAUAUUAUCUGGGUAGUCUAGCUUAAGCAAUACUUUUAAAUGAAAUGAAGUCCAGCCCAUGCUGUCCUUAGAGUGACACGCUGUGUCACAGUGUUGGCCAGUAGAGCAGGGCCAUUGAGUUCCAGGGCCCAAACCCCUGUGGUUGUCAUCCUUCCCUGCUAAUCAAAUCAAAUCAAAUCAAAUUUAUUUAUAUAGCCCUUCGUACAUCAGCUGAUAUCUCAAAGUGCUGUACAGAAACCCAGCCUAAAACCCCAAACAGCAAGCAAUGCAGGUGUAGAAGCACAGUGGCUAGGAAAAACUCCCUAGAAAGGCCAAUACCUAGGAAGAAACCUAGAGAGGAACCAGGCUAUGUGGGGUGGCCAGUCCUCUUCUGGCUGUGCCGGGUGGAGAUUAUAACAGAACAUGGCCAAGAUGUUCAAAUGUUCAUAAAUGACCAGCAUGGUCGAAUAAUAAUAAGGCAGAACAGUUGAAACUGGAGCAGCAGCACAGUCAGGUGGAAGUUGAAACUGGAGCAGCAGCAUGGCCAGGUGGACUGGGGACAGCAAGGAGUCAUCAUGUCAGGUAGUCCUGGGGCAUGGUCCUAGGGCUCAGGUCCUCCGAGAGAGAGAAAGAAAGAGAGAAGGAGAGAAUUAGAGAACGCACACUUAGAUUCACACAGGACACCGAAUAGGACAGGAGAAGUACUCCAGAUAUAACAGAUGCUAAUCAGUGCCAAAGUGUCGUCGCUAUUCAGAAUGCCACAGACCAACAAGUCCAGAAGUACCUCGGCCAGUGGCUCUAGUACCGGACCGGACCGAGGGGAGGAAAGAGAAGAAGAAAGAGAGGAAGCUGAGCCAGGGCCAAAGGUCCAAGUCCAGGAAGCAGGGGAUGGAGGAGGAGAGAACACUGGAGACCCAGAGAUUAUCAAGUCCCCUAGUGACCCCAAACAGUACAGGUACAUCGAGCUGACCAAUGGGCUUCGAGUUAUGCUAAUUUCAGAUUUCACUGGUCCCGCUUCCUCUGGAGACGACGAAUCAGAGGAGGAGGAGGAACUGGGGGAGGAGGAAGAGGAGGAAGAAGACUCAGGAGAGGGAACAGAGGAAGAGUCUGAAGAAGAUGAAGAUGACAAGGACAGUGACUUUGAGGAUGACGAGGAUGGAGGGAAGAGGAAGAAGGGACCCUCAGAGAAACAGUCUGCAGCAGCGCUGUGUGUGGGUAUUGGCAGUUUCAGUGACCCUAAUGACCUCCCAGGCCUUGCCCAUUUCCUGGAACACAUGGUGUUCAUGGGCAGUGAGAAGUACCCAUCAGAGAAUGGUUUCGAUGCCUUCCUGAAGAAACAUGGGGGCAGUGACAACGCCUCCACGGACUGUGAGAGGACCGUCUUCCAGUUUGAUGUCCAGAGAAAGAAAUUCAGAGAGGCUCUGGACAGAUGGGCCCAGUUCUUCAUCUGUCCUCUGAUGAUCCGAGAUGCCAUCGACAGGGAGGUGGAAGCUGUCGACUCUGAGUACCAACUGGCCAAGCCGUCUGACUCUCACAGGAAAGAGAUGUUGUUUGGGAGUCUAGCGAAGCCAGGUCACCCCAUGGGCAAGUUCUGCUGGGGUAACGCCCAGACUCUGAAGACAGAGCCCAGGAAAAAGAGGAUCAAUGUUUACAAGAGGCUCCGCUCCUUCUGGAAGAGACAUUACUCUGCCCACUACAUGACCCUGGCUGUGCAGUCUAAAGAGAAGCUGGACACUCUAGAGGAGUGGGUGAAGGAGAUCUUCAGUGGAGUGCCCAACAAUGCUCAGCCCAAGCCGGACUUCUCUGAGCUGCUGGAUCCCUUUGAUACUCCAGCCUUCAACAAGCUGUACAGAGUUGUUCCUGUGAGGAAGGUCCAUGCUCUGACCAUCACCUGGUCCCUGCCUCCUCAGGAGAAACACUACAGGGUGAAGCCUCUCCACUACAUCUCUUGGCUGAUUGGUCACGAGGGCACAGGCAGCAUCCUAUCAAUUCUCAGGAGGAAGUGCUGGGCCAUGGCUCUGUUUGGAGGGAACAGUGAAACAGGCUUUGACCAGAACUCUACCUACUCCAUCUUCUCCAUCUCCAUCACACUCACUGACCAAGGAUUCCAGAACUUCUACCAGGUGGCUCACCUGGUAUUCCAGUACCUCAAGAUGAUGCAGAGCCUGGGCCCCCAACAAAGGAUCUAUGAGGAGAUUCAAAAGAUUGAAGCCAAUGAGUUUCACUACCAGGAACAGACGGACCCUAUAGAGUAUGUGGAGGAUAUCUGUGAGAACAUGCAGCUGUUUCCUAAAGAACACUUCCUCACCGGAGACCAGCUCAUGUUCCAGUAUUCACCUGAGGUGAUCAGUGCGGCCCUGUCCUUGCUGACUCCAGACAGAUCCAACCUGUUGCUGCUCUCUCCAGACCAUGAAGGCCACUGUCCCCUCAGGGAGAAAUGGUUUGGGACACACUACAGCGUAGAGGAUAUCCAACAGGAGUGGAGAGAGCGCUGGAACGGAGACUUUGAGCAGAGCUCUGACCUGCACCUCCCUGUCGAGAACAAGUUCAUCGCGACUGAUUUCAGCCUGAAGCUGUCUGACUGUCCUGAUACUGAGCUGCCAGUCAGAGUAACUGCCAACGACCGAGGAUGCCUCUGGUACAAGAAGGACAACAAGUUCAACAUACCCAAAGCGUACAUCCGCUUCCAUCUCAUCUCUCCGGUCAUCCAGCAGUCAGCCAGGAACCUGGUGUUAUUUGACCUGCUAGUGAACAUACUGGGUCAUAACCUAGCAGAGCCAGCCUACGAGGCUGACGUGGCCCAGCUGGACUACAAGCUGUCAGUAGGAGAACACGGACUGGUUAUCAAGGUCAAGGGCUUCAACCACAAACUGCCUCUCCUGUUCCAUCUGAUCCUGGACCAUCUGGCUGACUUCUCUGCCUGUCAAGAUGUCUUCAAUAUGUUCUCUGAGCAGCUCAAAAAGGCCUAUUUCAACAUCCUCAUACGACCUGAGAAACUGGGCAAGGACGUGCGGUUGUUGGUCCUGGAGCAUGGUCGCUGGUCCAUGGUAGAGAAGUACCAGGCGCUGGCAGACGGUGGUCUGACUGUAGAACAACUGAUGGAGUUCAGCAGAACCUUCAAGACCCAGCUCUAUGCAGAGGGACUGGUGCAGGGGAACUUCACUAGCCAGGAGUCAAUCCAGUUCCUGCAGUACGUCACUGAUAAGCUGCAGUUCUCCAAGCUGCCAGCAGAGGUCCCAGUGUUGUUUAGAGUGGUGGAGCUGCCUCUGAAACAGCACGUCUGUAAGGUCAAAGCACUGAACAAGGGAGACCCCAACUCAGAGGUCACAGUCUACUACCAGUCUGGUCUGAAAAACCUCAGAGAACACACACUGAUGGAGCUGCUAGUGAUGCACAUGGAGGAGCCCUGCUUUGACUUCCUCAGGACAAAAGAGACUCUGGGGUAUCAUGUUUAUCCAACCUGCAGAAACACAUCUGGAGUCCUGGGCUUCUCUGUCACGGUGGAAACACAGGCCACCAAGUUCAAUACUGAGCUGGUAGAGUUGAAGAUAGAGGAGUUUCUGUCUUCCUUUGGAGAGAAGUUGAGUGCCCUGACUGAGAGCACCUUCAACACACAGGUGACUGCGCUGGUCAAGCUAAAGGAGUGUGAGGACACACACCUGGGAGAGGAGGUGGACAGGAACUGGGCCGAGGUCGCUACACAGCAGUAUGUCUUCAACAGGCUUCACAGAGAGAUUGAGGCCCUGAAGCAGAUGACGAGAGCAGAGCUGGGAUCCUGGUAUCUGGAGCACCGCGGACACAACUGCAGAAAACUCAGUGUACAUGUGGUGGGUUUUGGGCCGGAGGAGGGCGACCCCCCAGGAGAUGACGAGCAGAGUCGUCAUGGCAACGGAGAGAGGGAUGAGGAAGAGUGCGGCAGUUCGUCCUACGGAGAAGUGUCCAAACUGACCUUCCUCCCCGCCUCGCCCAAGAUGGCCGCCGCUACAUCCAUCAUGGACAUUCCUUCAUUUACCCAGAGCCUUACCCUCUUCCCAUACCACAAGAUCAUCCAAUAGACUACCAAUAUCUAUUUUCUCAAUAUUUCUUUCAAACUCUCUCUCCUUCAUUGCCUGACCAUAACGUCAUCUAAUAAACUCAAUGAGAUACACUGUC